AUGUCGGAUGAGCUUUGUGCAUUGAAUGAAAAUUCAACUUGGAACUUUGUCGAUAAACCAACGAAUGGAGUUCUCAUUGGAAUGUACAAACAGGAGUAUGGGGUGGAUUAUGAGGAGACUUUUGUACCUGUUGCUAAGAUGACAAUGGCUAGUGAUCUUGUUGCUAUGACUGGUCUUACUGAUGACAAGGUUGUAUACAACCCGAUGGAGAUUAAUACGAAAUAUAAGAAGGCUGAUGGCGAACCAUUCAGUGAUCCCACAUUGUAUCGGCAGUUAGUGGGAUCAUUAGUUUAUGUCACUAUGACAUGGCCAGACAUCUCAUAUGCGGUACAAGUUCUAAGUCAGUUUGUAGCUAAUCCUUACCGUAUAUAUCACACUGCAUUACUUCGUGUCAUUCGGUAUGUCUGUGGUUCUAUGAAUCAAGGUAUUCUCUUCCAUUCAGAUUCUCCUAUAAAUCUUAAGAGAUAUACGGAUGCAUACUGGGCUGGUUGUACCGAUUCUCGUCCUUCCGUUACUGGUUGGUGCAUAUUUCUAGGCACAUCCUUGAUAUCUUGGAAAUGUAAGAAACAAUUUCAUACGUCUAAAUCAUCUAUGGAGGCUGAGUAUCGAGCUAUGUCGGCAGGAAGUUAG